AUGUAGGUUGUUGUGAUUGCCCCAAAUAAGGCUUUAAUUGGGAUUUAAAAUUAAAAAUUGGAUGUCUUUGAUGAUGGUAUUCAACUCUAAAAGGCUGGAGGUUUUAAGAAGAUAUAGGCUAUCCGGGUUUUCUAUACUGAAAAAUAUAUACGUGGAUUCGAAAUAUUUUACAAAUUAUUUGCUGGUGAUCUUUUGAAAGCAGGUCAUAAUGUCCCAAAAUCAAAGAAAGAACUAUAGAAUACAAUAUUAGAAAUAGGGCCUGACGAUUACGUAAGUGAAAUAUUUGGUGCAUACUAAUCUGCCAAGAAGAACAGAAUCAUAAAUAUUACAUUUGUAACCUAUCGAGGGAAGGCUUUAACAUUUGGCGGAAGGGGUGACAAGUCAUUUGGAUUUUGUUUCCCAGGAUUUACAUUUGGAGCAUUCAAAGGAGGCAAUAGCUAAAAGAAAUGUGUAGAGUGGUUGGAGAUUGAUGUGCUACCCUUACCAGAGGACUUCAAAUUGGAAAUGCAAAAAUUAGGAAUACUAAGAAUUCAAAGAAUUAGUGAAUAACCUGAGAGGAAUCUUAGCAAUUCUACAAACAGCGCUGGAUAAGGUGCACUUACAGGUGUUCCAAAGCUAUAAAUAGCAAAGCCUAUGAUUGCUGUUCCUGCAAUUGUAGUGCCUUAAAUAAAUUAAUAAUAAAAUAUAAAUUUAUAAUAAUAACAGCCUUAAUAAGGUAAUCCAUAUUAAUAAUAAUAAUAAUAGUAUUAAUAAUAUCCUUAAUAACAAUAGUAUGCUAAUUAUCCAUAAUAAUAAUAAUAACAAUAAUAUCCUUAAUAUUUAUAAUAGUAAUCAAUUCCAAAUUAAUAAAACCCUUAUGCUUAAGCUUUAUAUAAUCAAUAGCCUUAAUCCUAGAAUCCUUACAGUAGUAAUAGCUAUCCAAAAUUUAAUUGA